GCCACCAAUUUACACAAGUUUAAACUGCACACCUAUGGCAGUCCCACGUUCUGUGAUCACUGUGGUUCACUGCUGUACGGGCUCUUACAUCAAGGUCUCAAGUGUGACUCAUGUGACAUGAAUGUGCACAAAAGAUGCGAAAAGAAUGUGCCCUUGCUGUGUGGUACUGAUCACACUGAGCGACGGGGAAGAAUCCACCUCAGGGCUGCAGUCAAGGGUAACAAGCUACAGAUAGACAUUUUGGCAGCCAAAAACCUGUGCCCUAUGGAUCCUAAUGGGUUGGCAGAUCCAUACUGCAAAGUCAAGUUAAUCCCUCAUGAUUCUCAGAAACUCAAGCUGAAGACGAAGACAGUAAAAGCCAGUCUGAACCCUGAGUGGAUGGAAACUUUUAUCUUGGAUGUGGGUCCAGAAGACCAUGCUAAGAGACUCUCGUUGGAAAUCUGGGACUGGGACAGGACCUCCAGAAAUGAUUUUAUGGGAUCUUUAUCAUUUGGCAUUUCUGAGCUGAUAAAGGAACCUGUAGAUGGAUGGUUUAAACUGCUCAAUCAGGAGGAGGGGGAGUUUUAUGGCGUGCCAGUCAGUGACGACAUCUCAGAGGAUAUUUUGGAGCUCAAAAGUAAACUGCAUAGGUCAAGCAUUAGGGAACGUGAACAGAGGAGGAUUGCAGAGCCAGACAAGUACCAGAGCUUGAGUAAGCAGGACAUCGUCCGAGCUAGUGACUUCAAUUUCCUUACAGUCCUGGGCAAAGGAAGUUUUGGAAAAGUAGUUCUGGCAGAAAGGAAAGGCACAGAUGAGCUCUACGCCAUCAAGAUUUUGAAAAAAGAUGUCAUUAUACAAGACGAUGAUGUGGAGUGUACAAUGAUAGAAAAACGAGUCCUUGCUCUUCCAAAUAAACCACCAUUCCUUGUCCAGCUGCACUCCUGCUUCCAGACCAUGGACAGGCUGUAUUUUGUGAUGGAGUAUGUCAACGGAGGAGAUCUCAUGUAUCGGAUACAGCAGGAGGGCAAGUUCAAGGAACCAGUGGCUGCGUUUUAUGCAGCAGAAAUUGCUAUAGGUCUGUUUUAUCUACACAAUCAAGGCAUUAUUUACCG